AUGGAUUUGUCAAAUCUAUCAAGUAACUUGCCCGCAACAAGAAAUGUGGAGCAGGUUUCGCUUCUAGAACUUAAUAAAGAGUUGACCUCAGAAUUCAAAAACGCAGCCAAAUCAGUUGCUGCUCUAUACAACAGCACAGGAAAUGCCGAACAACUGAAAACAGAGUUUGCCAAUGCAGCCAAAUCAGUGGCAUCUCUUUACCGUUUGGGAAGUAACUCAAACGAGGUACUGAUGCAUAAGGGAUACCUUGAAUGCUUGGAUGAUCUACUAGAGGGUAUAACCAAUGGAGAAGACAUCGAGAACUGGGCUCUCACAAAACGAGCUGAAAUCACGAAAAAGUUCAACAAUAAUGAUAAACCCACCGCAUUCCAAGAACCCCCUCUGGAUAACGACUUCCAUUUACCUAAAGAGUAUGAGUUUUCUCUUCCAUCGGAACUAGCGCUGUCAUUAAGAUUCAGGCCCACCUUUGCGCCGCUUUCUGUGAAUUAUAGGCGACCAAGAUCAAGAGAAUCUAGGAAGCACGAAAGAAAAAACUAUAGAAAGCAAGCUGUCACCGCAAAUUACGAUGCUAGCCAAUCGUCAGACAAUGAUAGCGAGACUAGUGACCUGGGGGAAGACAUCGGGACGAGGAAAAGAAGGGCAUUGCAGUCCCUUCAUGAUGUCGUGAAGAGGAGACGGAUGGACUCUUCGAGUGACAAUGAAUAG